AUUUUACUCUUCAGGGCAAUCCUCUUAAAGUUGGCUUGAAUAAAAACUGUGAUAUUCUGUUGGAAUAUUUUAUUUCCUUCCCUUUUCCCUGGAAAUACUAACGAUAGUUCCAGCUCAACAGACUAUUCAACCCACAAAUUGGUGACCCCGACGUGAUCGAAAAAGAAGCCCCGAAGAAAAAUGGAACAAGAAGCAGCCCAGGUCUCAAGAGUCGCCGUUCGGAUGCCCGAGUUUGUAGCCGCCGAUCCCGAAUUAUGGUUUGCCAUGGCUGAAGGAAGUUUUCUUUACUCCGGAGUAACACAAGACCGGACUAAGUUUGGCUACAUCGUAGGAGCCCUGCCAGCAAAAUUUGCCGUCGAGGUGAAGGACAUAAUCAUGAACCCACCUACCGACGGGGCCUACGAGAAAUUGAAGAUGGAGCUGGUGCGACGUCUGAGUGCCUCCCAAGAAGAGAAGACCCGCCGCCUACUGGAACGAGAGGAAAUGGGAGAUCGUAAGCCAUCACAAUUCCUUCGUCAUUUACAGGGACUCGCAGAUCGAACCGUCCCAGAUGCCCUGAUGAAAUCCCUGUGGAUGAGCCGGCUACCCAAAUGUGUCCAGGUGUCAUUGAUCAAGGACAAAAAUCUCGACGACUUGGCAACCCAUGCAGACCAUAUAAUGGAAGCCUCCCGACCUAUCGUCCACCAGAUAGCAGAGACAACCAACAUAGAGGCCAUCAUCGAUAGGAAGCUGGAGCAGAUGUUCUUAGGACUGAACCUGGAGAUAGCAACCCUGCGAGCAGAGCUGGCAGCACACCACCGACCCAGGAGAGAUGGUAGCCGAAGCCGUUCCCACGACCGUCGAAGGAGCCAGAGUCGCAGACGAUCGCCAACUGAUGGAAAGUGCUGGUACCAUACGAGAUUUGGAGCCAGGUCCACGAAGUGCGUGCAGCCCUGCAACUACACUUCGGGAAACGAGGUGGGCCUUCACUAGAAGCGGCCAGUGAUCCCAGCCCAACGACGCGCCGCUUGUUCAUCGCGGAUCAGGACUCCAAGUUGCAGUUCCUGGUCGACACUGGAGCAGACC